UUGUAAGAAAAAUAACUGAGUAAAGAAAAACUCUAUUUUGGGGUUAUUUUUUUUCCUGGAAACUACAUUAGUAACAGGAAAUGAACUGUUCUGGUUUAGAAGCUGGAGAAAUCGAAAGCUAUGAACACUGCUGGGUGGAGAGCAAUUACAUUACAACCCUCCCUAGGGAGACAGCAAGGGGCAAGACAGCUAGCACUGCUGAAGUUAGGAACUUACUCUAAACAGCUCCCUUGUCUUCACUGUUAUUCUGUAAAUACUACAUAUUCUCAGCAUUUAAUGAGAUUUCAACACCCUGCUGUGUACUUUUGAGAGAUUUAUCUUCCUACACGACAUAGACAAGCCCUAUUUCCUGCCCUGCUGAGGAUCUACAAUCUGGACAUUACUGAGACAUUUCCAGAAGUACUUUCCAGAUUGGAAAAUCUAGCCAGCAGGGAUGAGGCUUCAGGGGAAUAUCAACUUGAUUUCUCGAUGUUCUGUAACUCAAAGUGUGGUGUCUCUGCAAUAGAGUCUUACCAUAAAGUUCUGGCUUUUACUGAAGAGCAUUGUCAAUAGGCAAUAUGUUGGGAGUCUAUGAGAACUGACAGGAUCGUCCCUAAUUGUAGAGAUAAUGAGUAAAUACAAGACAAUUGUUCUUCAACAAGGAUUAGAGGAUAUGGCUGUGGAUGACUACCAGUUUAGGAAAAUCAAGUCCUUACUAAGAAAAAAACUAAAUCUAACAAAAAAGAUGCAAGAUGAUUAUGACAGAAUUCAGAUGGCUGACCAGUUGGAGGACACAUUCCCAAAAGAUGCUGGACUGAACCUGCUGAUAAAUGUGUGUCAAAGCAUUAAAGAACUUGAAGGCCUUGCUAAAAGGCUUAAAACAGAGAGAGCAAAAGUUAAAAAGCAAAAGAAAAGAAAAAACAAAACUGCAGUGAAAAAAGGAAAGCAAGAAGAAACCAGUAGUUCCCAAUCUCUUUCCAUGGAUAAUCAAUCAGAUAAGAGUAAACCCUCUGCACAGAAAAAGAGAAAACAAACCAUAAAAACUGAAGGUGGCAAGAAAAUGAAGCUUACCCAGGAGCAGACUCAGCUUCUGGAGCCUUCAGGAAGCAACCCACAAAAAGAUGAAUGUUGUCUCCAGACUCCUCAUAAGCCUCCACCAACACCAUCCAGCAGUUCCUCAAACAAGAAAAACACAAACAUCAAAAAACAGAGUACCAUUAAGACACAGGUUUCCCAGAAAAAACAUCAACCUCCAGAAUCUGCAGCAACCAGCAACUCCUCAGCUGCCAGUAAACUCCAGACUCUUCCAGAAGUUUCAGCAGCAGUAGCAGCAGCAGCAGCUUCUAACAGCCUCCACCAGACUUCUCAGACUCCAACAGAAACAUGCUUCACUUUAAGAACAUCUCUAGGCUCUCCAAUACCACUUUGCCAGAAUUUUCCGAUGUCUCCAGCAUCAGACUCUAGCAUCCAUCUGAACUCUCCAGUGCCUCUAACACGGUCCAGUGGUGUCCAGGCUCCUCAUGUACCUCCAGCAACAAUAUCUGGUAAUAGCUGGGUCCCUCACAUGCCUUCAAAAACAGUGUCAAGCUUUCUCAGUACUCCUUAUUUGUCUCCAGGAUCAGUGUCCAAUAGCGCCCAGAACAUUCACCUACCUACAGCAACAGCAGCCGGUAGCAAGCAGUCUCCUCAGAGUCCUCAAGUAAUAACAUCCAGGCCAGCCCAAACCCCUAAAGGGCCUUCAGCAACAUUGAAAAGGGAAGCCCAGGUAGGAAUAGCAAUAGCAUCCAGCAAUAUUCAGGUUCCCAAUGCUCUUCCAGAAGUAGUGUCCAGAAAUGAUAGCACCACCCAGGUAUCUCAAAGAGCAGCAUCCAGUGGCAUUCAGACUCUUAACCCUGCUACAGUAAAAGCACCCAGGAAUGCCAAUGUCCCAGGUCCCUUAGGAACAGGACAUGUUUAUGUCCUGGCUUCUUUGGCUUCUCCAGCAACAGCAUCUAGUAGUCUCCAGACUUCUCAAGUACUUCUACCAACAACAUCCAAUAGCCUUCCAGCUCCUCAGGGUUCUAUACCAAUAGGAACAAGCAAAGUACAGACCACUCAAACACACCUAGGAACAUCAUCCAACGUAAUCCAGGCUCUAAAUGCUCCUCCAUGGACAGAGUCCAGAAGUAUGUGUACCACUCAAGGGCCUCAAGGAGUAUCAUAUGGUACUGGACAGGCUGUUCCCUGUUCUAAAGAAAAAGCAUCAAGGAGUGUCCAUGCUCCUCAGAUGCCUUCAGCAACAGCAUCUAAAAGUCUCCUGGCUCCAUGUGGCUCUCCACCAACAGCAUCUAGCUCUCUCCUGGACCCUUGGGUGUCCCGAACAACAGCAUCCAGUGCUCUCCAGACUCCUCUGGUGCCUCCAACAGCAGUAAUCAGCAGUCUAUCAAGGACACCAAAGAAGGGAAACUUACCAAAGGAGCCUUCUAAGGUAGAAGGUCACCAUCGAGAUCCCAUACAAGUGAUGGUGUUGAAAGUAACAGAACCAUUUACUUAUGAUUUGAUUGAUGGCAAAAGAAUGUUCCAUGCCACAGUGGCUACUGAGACUGAAUUCUUCAGAGUGAAGGUUUUUGAGACAGCCCUAAAGAACAAGUUCAUCCCACAAAAGAUCAUUGCCAUAUCAGAUUAUUUUGGCGCCAAUGGAUUCCUGGAGAUAUAUGGAGCCUCCUGUGUGUCUGAUGCGAAUGUUAACCAAACGAUGGUUAUCUCAAAUACACUGAGGAGAAGAGCCAAUGGAACUCCUAAAAUUAAGGAUCUUUUCUCUCAAAUAAAAGGGACAUACGUGAAUGGAGAGUUUGUGGUAACUAAGAAAAAUGAAAGGGGUGACUUCAUUUACUAUGGGAUUGAAGAUGAUACUGGGAAAAUGGAAGUGGUGGUCUAUGGACGACUGACCAGUAUCAACUGUGAGCCAGGCAAUAAACUUCGACUUGUCUGCUUUGAAUUGACCUCAAGAGAAGAUACAUGGCAGCUGAAGUCUGUAAGGCACAGUUACAUGCAGGUUAUCAACGCCAGAAGGAGAGGCACUCAACCCUGAUUCAGUUAUGAAAACCUCUGUAGAACUAUACUUCUGACAAUCUCGAUGCCAAGGAUACUGUUUACGGAGAAAAGAAACAAGUCCAGAGAGUGAAUGUAUAUAUGACCUGUUGAAAUACCAUACCUAUGAAAGCCAUCUGUUUGUUUGUUUGUUUGUUUGUUUGUUUUUUCAAGAGGGGAUUUCUCUGUUUAGUCCUUGCUGUCCUGGAAAUCACUUUGUAAACCAAGCUGUCCUGGAACUCAAGGAUCUGCCUGCCCCUGACUUCCAUGUGCUGGGAUGAAAGGCAUGUGCCACCACUGCCCUGCCUGCUAUUAUAUCUAGGAAAUGGUGCUUUCUCAUAUUCUUUAUACAUUUUUGUAUUAUCUAAAUUCCAUAUUUUGUAUCUAAACUUUUAUAAUUCUUAAUCUAUCAGUUUUAUAAAUAUAUAUAACAUUUAAAAAAAUCCAGUUUUUGAUAAAGCAGUGAUUCCUUGGGAAUAUCUUUAAACCAUUUGAAGUUGCUCUAAAAUAAAAUAUUAGUGAUCUGCAGAUAAAACUGUGGAAUACAGGCUUCAAGUGUGAUGUUUAAGGACAAAGCUUGUUCAAGAACAAAUAGACUGUGUCCUGCCCAGAAAAACCAAACAUUAGUAAUACACAGGAGAUGGUUGAAUUCAGCCUUGAGUGCAGUUUCCCAAACUAGUGUGUUGAGGACCUGACAAGUCUUCAGAUGCUUUUCACUGAGUAAUUGUGACUGUAUUAUACGGUUUCAUUAUUUAAGCAAAGAAUCCACAAAUUUUGGGUAAGAGUGAGGAAUACUAUCUGCAGUAGUAAGGAAUCUCAACUCCAAUUCUAGAAUGAAAUAAUGUCACUGGAAUCCUUCAAAAUGAGGAAGCCCUAUGAUAAAUGAAUUAAGAAAUUUGUCAGGAUUCCCAGAAAGGUCUUGCUGGGGUUUUUUCUACUUCUCUCACUUCUGUGAAAUCAUAUCUGACCUAAGCAACUGGAAAAAGAAUGGGUUUGGUUUUGCUUCUGAUUUAAUGGUAGAGAAGGGUGAGAUGGCUGGUCCCAUUGUGUUUAUAGCAGGACUCAAAAAGAAGUGAGUUCUAGAGCUGUUUUGGUCCUUGUCUCUCUAUCUCUCUGUCUCUCUCUUUUUAUUCACUUCAGGACCUGAACCUAUUCAACAAUACCACUCACACUUAAGGUGAGUGUUUCCAAAUUACUUAACCAAGUCUAGAAAGCCCCUCAUGCAUGUGUUCAAAGGAUUCUCAUAAGUGAUACUAGGUCUGUCAGGUUUACAAUCAGUAUUAAUAGGCACAUGGGGCAACAAUCUAACAUGGAUUAAGGAGCACAGAAAAGGUGAGAAAAGAAGAAAUAAAGGCAGGAAGAGGGAAGAGCUAAGGAUGAGUGCAUCUCUCAUCUUGGAAAUCCACAUCUUAUUUCCCAUUUAAUGAUCCUGGAAAUGAGGGGCCUAAUGGGGUGUGUUCAGUUCAUAGUCACUUCCCAUCAAUAGAUCAAUGUCACUAGAAAAGCAUUUGUAGAAGGGAAUUCUGUUUGCUUGUUUUUCUUUUCUUGUUUGUUUUGUUUAACGUUGCUCUUCCAGCACAUAGGGAUGAGACAGGCUAGCACGGGGCACAGUUUAGCAAUCUGAGGCUUCCCUUCUGUCUGAUAACCACAAAUGCACUUCCCAGCCAGAGACCACUGUCCCCAUGCCCUGUGUACACACAAUGUUCUUCUAACAACAUACCUGAAAACUGUUGGCAUCAUGGACAUCCGCAUACAUCAGGUUGCAAAUACCUAUGCUGCAAACAAUGAAAAUGAUUACUGCCCUUAGAAAUACCUUCAUAGAACAUUUAUAUUCAAAUAUGUCCCAGAACAUGUUUGAUACCAAGAAAGAUGAUCGGAUCCAGCCUGGACUAGUUUGGGGAUGUGUACAACAAGACAAACCUGGGUCCUCAAAGGGAACUUUUAUGAUGAAUAUCCUAAUUCACCAACUUCUUCCUAUGUAUAAUUGUGUGAAUAUAAUCAAAAUAAAAUACUGUGUGGAAAGGUACAUGCUCAGGAAGUAAUUGAGUACCUAAUCUAAGCCCAUUAGUUGAAAUACAGAUGAACCAGUGUCAGUCCCCUUCAGCACCCCAACUCCUCCUUCUCUUGAACUCCAUGAAAGUGGCUCCAAACAAAAACCGGGGCCCUUGAGCACCUUUCCUCACAUGGCCCACGGA